CUGGCGCACUCUCGGCUUCCGCGAUCCCGCAGCGCUCGGGCUCGGACUUCGCCAUGUACCACAACAGCAGCCAGAAGAGGCACUGGACUUUCGCCAGUGAGGAGCAGCUGAGCCGACUGCGGGCCGACGCCAACCGCAAAUUCAAAUGCAAAGCGGUGGCGAACGGGAAGGUUCUUCCAAAUGAUCCAGUGUUUCUUGAGCCUCACGAAGAAAUGACACUCUGCAAAUACUAUGAGAAAAGAUUACUGGAAUUCUGUUCCGUGUUUAAGCCAACAAUGCCAAGGUCUGUUGUGGGGACAGCUUGUAUGUAUUUCAAGCGUUUUUAUCUUAAUAACUCAGUAAUGGAAUAUCACCCCCGGAUAAUCAUGCUUACAUGUGUGUUUUUGGCCUGCAAAGUGGAUGAAUUCAAUGUAUCUAGUCCUCAGUUUGUUGGAAAUCUUCGGGAGAGUCCUCUUGGACAGGAAAAGGCACUAGAACAGAUUUUGGAAUAUGAACUACUACUUAUACAGCAACUUAAUUUCCACCUUAUUGUCCACAAUCCUUACAGACCGUUUGAGGGCUUCCUCAUUGAUUUAAAGACUCGCUAUCCCACGUUGGAGAACCCAGAGAUGUUGAGGAAAACAGCUGAUGACUUUCUUAAUAGAAUUGCACUGACGGACGCUUACCUUUUGUACACUCCUUCCCAAAUUGCCCUGACUGCCAUUUUAUCUAGCGCCUCCCGGGCUGGAAUUACUAUGGAAAGUUACUUAUCAGAGAGUCUCAUGCUGAGAGAGAACAGAACUUGCUUGUCCCAGUUACUGGAUACAAUGAAAAGCAUGAGAAACUUAGUAAAAAAGUAUGAACCACCCAGACCUGAAGAAGUUGCUGUUCUGAAACAGAAGUUGGAACGAUGCCACUCAGCUGAGCUUGCACUUAAUGUAAUUACGAAGAAGAGAAAAGGCUAUGAAGAUGAUGACUAUGUCUCAAAGAAAGCCAAACAGGAGGAGGAAGAAUGGACUGAUGACGACCUCGUAGAUUCCCUCUAGCCCUGUAAAGUUGAUUUGUCACUGCUAACUAAUCAGCAGAAAUAGGAAGCAUAUCUGGAUUGUAACUGCAUGUAAAAAGUUCAUUGUGAAAAAUCAAAUCUUUUCUGUUAUUUAAAUUGUUUACCUUUUUUGGCAGCUUUGUGUAAAAUAAACCCAGAAUAAUACCA